AUGUCAGAGAAGGUUGCUUGUGUGCCUGAGGCGUUUCUCUUUGGCAUGCUCGGUGCGGCUGCCUCGCUGGCCUUCGCAAAUAUUGGUGCUGCAUUUGGCACAGCAAAAGCCGGUGUGGCCGUGGCACAUCUUGGUAUUGUACAGCCAGGGCGCGUGAUGCGUGGUAUUGUACCAGUUGUGAUGGCUGGUAUUCUUGGUAUCUACGGUCUUAUUGUCUCUGUUAUUAUUAGCAACAACAUGAAAACAAGUGGUUAUAUGCUUUUCUCUGGUUACAUGCAUCUCGCGGCAGGUCUUGCAGCAGGUAUCGCAUCCCUUGCGGCAGGAUACGCCAUUGGUAUUGUCGGUGACAUUUGCUGUUAUGCAUAUGCCAAGACGGAAAAAAUAUUUGUGCCGAUGAUUCUUAUGCUUAUCUUUGCUGAGGCUCUAGGAUUGUAUGGACUUAUCAUUGCCCUCCUUAUGAACAACCGUGCAACAUCUGUCGCCACGACGUGUGUGUAG